ACAAAAGAAAAAGAGAGAGAAAAAAAAAUCAAAACCAAGGGAAAAAAACAAGAAAAAAAAAAAAAAUGAACCAGUGUGUACCAAGAAGCAACUCCAAAGACCAAGCAAACAUCAUCAACCUUCCCUUCUCCAUGCCCGGAUUCUCAGAAAGGGACGUGAGAAUGAAUCAAGAAGUGAAAGAGUUAACAUGGAGAAAUGGCAAGCCACAACUUGGUACACUUGAGUCCAUAAUAGAGCAAGCCACGGCAGGGCUCGCCGGAGCAGUGGCUCAACAACCGAGUUUUGUGUCUUGGCUCACCGGAGAAGACGCCGGAGAGAUGAACUUGGGUUCUAGAGAGGGUUCAUGCAGUGGAGAUGGAGAGAGAGAUAAGAAGAAAGCUUGCCGGUGGAGCUCACCGGAGAACACUUGGGAAGUUUGUGGUGGUUUGUCUUCUUCGUUGUCACCGGAGAAUAUUAGCUCCGGCGAUGGUUGUGAUUCUUUUUGCCGGAGCAAGAGUAGUUCACAGGGAGUUGAAGAGAUAGAAAAGAAGAAGAUGAAGAAGAACAAGAAGGUGAUGAGGAGAAGCAAAGCUGCAACAAUUCAUAACCAAUCUGAAAGAAAAAGAAGGGAUAUGAUUAAUGAAAAGAUGAGAGCACUUCAAAAGCUAGUUCCAAAUUCAAAAAAGACAGAUAAAGCAUCAAUAUUGGAUGAAGUGAUAAACUACUUAAAACAACUACAAAAUCAAGUGAAGAUGAUGACUUGCAUUUCUCAUAUGAUGAUGAUGAUGCCAAAUUUGCAAAUGUCCAUGAUGGCUCAAGUGGCCCAAAUGACUCAAAUGGGCUUGGGCCUUGGCUUCAUGGACUUGGGCUCCUUUGUCCGGCCGGGGACGGUACCAAUGUCACUGCCACCUCUCCACCACCCACUGUCCUUCCCGCCGUUCACUGUCGCCGGAGAACAAAUGUUGCAAGCUAGUAGUUGCUCUUUAUCGUCUAAUUUUUUUUCGGCUUUUAUGCAGCAGCAAAGAAUGAACAUGGAAGCAUACAAAAAGAUGGCUACAAUGUAUGAACAACUCAACCAGCAACAAAACAAGGCCAAUCCAGAGAAUUAAUUUGCUAUCCAUUUUUUGUGUUUAAGCUGAGCUCCAUUUAAAUAGUUUAGUUUUCUUUUCUUUUCGUUUAACUAUAUUGAUUUGUAUGAAAGAGAUUUGUUUGGAUGAAUUAAAACUAUUAAACUUUUUUUUUC